AUGAGCUUCUACACCCCCAACCCCAGCGGCGUCUUCGACCAGGCCCAGACCCCCUGGCACGCCAAAUACACCGGCGACACCCAAGAUCUUCUCGGUGGAGCAAUGUCUUCGACAGCGGCCACUUUAUUAGGACGAUGGAACGAUGAUAUCCUGUGGCACAGUUUAGAGGGGGCCGAAUUCUACGGCGCUAAUUCCAUCAAGGGUCCAUGGAUAACACCUGCUCAAAAGACAUACGACCAGACCUAUCAACAAUGGGACGAUGGAUGUGGUGGAGGAAUCUACUGGCUAGGACCAUCCCAAAACAUCGAUAUGUCCCUUGCCAACCGGCACCUAUCUCUGACCACCCAACUCGAGUUCAUCCAGCAAGGAGCGCGGAACUUCAUGGCCAACAAAAACCACACUGCUUUAGAUCUCUGGAAGGCGGCCAUGGACUGGGUAUUCUCAUCCGGGCUUGGAAACGUGCAAACCGGUGUGCUCUACGACGGGAUGAACGUGGGCGAAUGCGGCAAGUUUACGUCACAUAUAUGGAGUUACAACUACGGCGCGCUUUUGGGAGCGCUAGCCUGGAUGCACAAGGCCACCGGAAACAACACCUAUCUCGACCUGGUCGCGCCGUUCUACAACUACGCCCAGCUGACGUUCAGCGGCCAGAAGGUGUCGAACGUGGUCACCGAGACCUGUGAGCCGGGAGCGAAAUGCAACCGGGACCAGCAGGGCUUCAAGGCGAUCUAUCUGCGCAACCUAGCGUACACCUGUCGGGAGGUGACGUCCGACCAAGUGAAGGGUGCGAUCAAGUCGACGAUCGAUGCGUCGGUUGCAGCCAUGGUCCAGUACUCAUGCGACGACGAUUGGUUCUGUAACGGCAACUGGACUGCCGAUGCCUCCCCUGUCAAAUACGUCCGCUCCCAGCACGUUGCCGCCGCCCUGCUCGUCUCCGCCCUCGGCGUCCAUCUCAGCCCGGAGGGCGGUCUGUUGCCUAAGAUCACCCCCGGCCAGCUCACCAAUACCACUAACGGCGCCGCCGGUCUCGGCUCCGGUGGCACUAAAAACCCCGGCAAAGUCACUAGUAAACCCCUUGCUGCCGCCUCCGGACUCAAGGUCACCUUCUCUAUCUUCCUCGGACUGUUCACGGUCGCAUUCUCUACAUCCAUGUUCGACCCGCUCGCCUUCAUACCUUAA